ACCCUUCACCACUUUACACUUCACUCCCUUUUUCAUUUCUUAAACCUCUCUUAUCUUUUAAUUUUUUAUCCUUUCUUCUCUGCCUUUCUCGCUUGACAAACCCCAUGUCCUCCUUCGCCGCUCCCACCCACCUCCUCCCUACCCACUCCUCCACCCCCACUUUCUCUCGCCCUAAAUUACCCGCCGCCCGCUUCUCCUCUUCCCUUACCCCACGCGCCACUCCUGUACAAUGUAAUCUCUCCUCUCAAAACCCUAACAAACGUACUAACAACACUGCCAAUUACACUAAUGUCCUUAAAUCCCUCUCCAAACCCCUUGCCGUUGCGUCGGCUGCCACUGCCACUCUCUUCCUCCGACUCACCCCCAUUCUCGGUGGCGGCGAUGGUGGAGGUAGUGGAAAUGGCGGAUUCGGUGGUGGUGGUGGCGGUGGAGAAAACGCUGGGGGUAAUGGUGAUAAUGGGUUCUGGAGAAACCUAGUUUCUCAAGAUUCAGCGAUUGCAGAUGAAAAUAACGAGUCACAAGAGUGGGACUCUCACGGUCUCCCAGCGAAUAUCAUUGUUCAACUCAACAAGCUCAGCGGAUUCAAAAAAUAUAAGCUUUCAGAUAUUUUGUUCUUCGAUCGGCGCCGUGGCGUCACUGUGGGAACUGAAGAUUCUUUCUUUGAAAUGGUUUCUUUACGUCCUGGAGGAGUGUAUACAAAAGCCCAGCUUAUGAAAGAGCUCGAAUCCUUAGCCACUUGUGGGAUGUUCGAGAAGGUUGAUAUGGAGAGUAAAACGAAACCUGAUGGUACACUAGCCUUAACAAUAUCAUUUUUGGAGAGUACGUGGCAGUCAGCUGACAGAAUUAGGUGCAUAAACGUGGGUUUGAUGGCCCAAUCGAAACCUAUUGAAAUGGAUCCUGAUAUGACUGAUAAGGAGAAAAUGGAGUAUUAUAAGAGUCAGGAGAAGGACUAUAGGAGGAGGAUUGAUAAGGCCAGGCCGUGUUUGUUGCCCCUUUCGGUGCAUAGAGAGAUUUUACAGAUGUUAAAGGACCAUGGAAAGGUGAGUGCGAGGUUGUUGCAGAAGAUAAGGGACAGGGUGCAGAAGUGGUACCAUGAUGAAGGGUAUGCUUGUGCACAAGUGGUGAAUUUCGGGAACUUGAAUACGAGGGAAGUGGUUUGUGAGGUUGUAGAAGGGGAUAUAACUCAGUUGGUGGUACAGUUUCAGGAUAAGCUUGGGAAUGUAGUUGAAGGGAACACUCAAUUGCCUGUUGUCAAGAGAGAGUUGCCCAAACAGCUUCGACAAGGCUAUGUUUUUAACAUAGAAGCUGGGAAACAAGCUCUGAGAAAUAUAAACUCGCUGGCUUUGUUUUCCAAUAUUGAGGUGAACCCACGCCCUGAUGAAAAGAACGAAGGAGGAAUCAUUGUUGAGAUCAAGCUUAAAGAACUGGAUCAAAAAUCAGCUGAAGUCAGUGCUGAAUGGAGUCUUGUUCCUGGACGAGGUGGACGCCCCACAUUUGCUUCACUUCAGCCUGGUGGAACUGUAUCUUUUGAACACCGGAAUCUGAAAGGGCUAAAUAGAUCCCUUCUCGGUUCAGUGACCACCAGCAACUUCUUAAAUCCUCAGGACGAUCUUGCUUUUAAGCUGGAGUAUGUACAUCCAUAUUUGGAUGGUGUGUACAACCCUCGUAACCGUACUUUCCGUGCAAGCUGCUUCAACAGUCGGAAACUAAGUCCAGUGUUCACUGGCGGACCAGGAGUGGAUGAAGUCCCUCCUAUUUGGGUUGAUCGAGCUGGAGUCAAAGCUAAUAUUACAGAGAAUUUCACCCGUCAAAGCAAAUUCACUUAUGGUCUUGUCAUGGAAGAGAUAACAACACGUGAUGAAAGCAGUCAUAUCUCUCCAAAUGGUCAAAGAGUGUUGCCAAGUGGAGGAAUUAGUGCAGAUGGACCUCCAACCACCCUCAGUGGUACUGGCAUUGACCGAAUGGCCUUUUUACAGGCAAAUAUUACCCGUGACAACACCAAGUUUGUGAAUGGAGCUAUUGUUGGUGAGAGGAAUGUAUUUCAAGUGGACCAAGGCAUUGGUGUUGGCAGCAAGUUUCCAUUCUUUAACCGCCAUCAAUUGACAUUGACGCAAUUUAUCCAAUUGAAGCCAGUUGAAGAAGGUGCUAACAAACCACCACCACCUGUUCUAGUACUUCAUGGCCACUAUGGAGGUUGUGUGGGAGACCUUCCAAGUUACGAUGCAUUUACACUAGGGGGUCCAUACUCAGUGAGGGGUUAUAAUAUGGGUGAGCUAGGUGCUGCCAGAAACAUUCUUGAGCUUGGAGCUGAAAUCCGGGUACCUGUGAGAAAUACACACGUGUAUGCGUUUGCAGAGCAUGGCAAUGAUCUAGGAAGUUCGAAGGAUGUGAAGGGGAACCCCACUGAGGUCUAUAGGCGCAUGGGUCAUGGUUCAUCAUAUGGUGUUGGUGUCAAGCUAGGUCUAGUGCGAGCUGAGUAUGCGGUUGACCAUAAUACUGGGACUGGUGCAAUAUUCUUCCGUUUUGGGGAGAGAUAUUGAAUGCGAUUAGAUUUCAUAGUUUGCUUAGUACAGUCAGGCCUUUAGGUUUUUCAACAAAUAUUAAGAGCCUUGAAUAUCUGUCAAAUGCUUAGACCUAGAUAAAAUGAUUUAAUUUGAAAGGCUUUCUUUCUUAAAA